AUGCUGCUCGUCAGAAUUAGAUUCCUCCUCCUGCUGUUCUCCACCACGGCAGCCAACCAUGCAACCAGAGAAACAUCUUUGACAGGCCACAGGGGAGACGAGAGAGCUCUUGUGGCUUUCAAGGCGAUGAUCUCCCACGACACUGGCAUGCUGGCCUCCUGGAACCAGAGCACCAGCUAUUGUAACUGGGUGGGUGUCACCUGCGGCAAGAAACACCCAUGUAGGGUGGUUGCUCUAAACCUCAGUUCCCAAGGGCUCACCGGCACCAUCUCCCCUGCCAUUGGCAAUCUCACUUUCCUGCACUCACUCAACCUGAGCUCCAAUGGCCUGAAGGGAGAGAUUCCUCCCAGCAUUGGCUCCCUCCAGCGCCUCCAGAACCUUGAUUUGAGUCAAAACAUGCUCAAUGGUGUCAUCCCAAGCAACAUCAGCCACUGCACCAGCCUCCGUGUGAUGAUGAUCAGUAGCAACAAGGGGGUGCAGGGAAGCAUACCAGCUGAGAUUGGGAACAUGCCGUCGCUUGCUAUUGUAGAGCUGUUCAACAACAGCAUCACCGGAACCAUCCCCCCCUCUCUUGGGAACCUUUCCCGGUUGACAAUGUUGUCCUUACAAAUGAAUUACCUCGAGGGAUCAAUCCCAGCAUGCAUCGGGAAUAUUCCAUACCUCCGUUCCCUUCAGCUCUCUUGUAAUAAUCUCUCAGGUUUGCUUCCACCAUCACUAUACAACCUAUCAUCUUUGUUUCAGUUUUAUGUGGCAGACAACAAACUGCAUGGACGUCUUCCAGUUGACCUGGGAAAAAGCUUUCUAAGCAUCAAACACUUCGGGGUUGGAGAAAACCAAUUUACUGGACCUCUUCCACUGUCACUAACUAAUCUCACAAGGCUCCAGGUUCUUCUUGUUGGUGCGAAUUCCUUUACCGGAGUUGUUCCUUCCAAACUGGGAAGAUUGCACAAUCUUCAAGUGUUUGUUCUGGAACUAAACAAGUUUGAGGCAAAUAAUGAGAAAGAAUGGGAAUUUAUUUCUUCUUUGGCAAAUUGUAGCAGAUUGCAGAUGCUGAGCUUUGGGCAGAAUAGAUUCGCAGGGAAACUGCCACGUUCAUUGGCGAAUUUGUCCACCAAUCUACAGCGGCUAAAGGCUCCCAGCAACAACAUAUCUGGUUUCAUCCCAACCAUGAUUGGAAAUCUGGCAAAUCUUGAGGAACUUGAUUUUAGUUUAAACUUACUCACUGGGGUUAUUCCUGAAAGCAUCGGCAAGCUUUCACGAUUGAACCAUUUAUUUCUGUAUUCCAACAACUUGUCAGGACAAGUACCAUUCUCCAUCGGAAACCUCACUGGCCUAUCUUUACUUCUGGCAUGUAGCAACAGCUUGGAAGGGCCAAUUCCACCAAGCAUUGGGAAUUUGAGCAAACUCUCAGCCUUAGAUCUAUCAAGUAACAAGAUUACUGGCUUUGUUCCAAAUGAAAUAAUGAAGAUAUCAUCGAUAUCAAUGACUCUUGAUUUGUCCAACAACUUGUUGGAGGGACCGCUUCCUCUAGAAGUUGGGAAUUUGGUAAAUCUUGAACAACUCCUCCUGUCAAGAAAUAAAUUGUCAGGUGAGAUACCUGAUACCAUUGGCAACUGCAGAGUCCUACAAACCCUAUGUAUGGAUGAUAAUUCAUUCCAUGGAAGCAUACCUGCUACUUUCAAGAAUAUGGCAGGCCUCACUUUACUGAAUUUGACAGGCAACAAACUGAAUGGCAGCAUCCCUGGGAACCUAGCCAGCAUUACCAACUUGCAGGAGUUGUACCUUGCCCACAAUAACCUUUUAGGAACAAUUCCAGAACUUCUAGGUAAUUCAAAGUCACUGCUCCACCUGGAUCUAUCCUUCAACAAUUUGCAAGGUGAAGUGCCAACAGAAGGGGUUUUCAGAAAUCUAACCAGACUAUCAAUUUCUGGAAAUGAUGCAUUAUGCGGUGGAAUACCACAGCUCCAUCUGCCAAAAUGUCCAAACUUCACUGCAAAAAAGAAUAAGGAAAUGAUGCAAAAGUCUCUUAGAAUAGCAAUCCCAACAAUAGGAGCUAUCCUGCUCUUACUUUCAGGACUUGUUUGGGCUGGAUUUAUGUACAGAAGGUUCAAGAUAUCAUAUAGGAAAGAAAUGUCACACCAAUUCACAGAUAUAGAGCUUCCAAUAGUUCCCUACAAUGAUAUACUGAAAGGAACAGAUGGAUUUUCAGAAGCCAAUGUGCUUGGGAAGGGGAGAUAUGGUACAGUAUACCGGGGCACUCUAGAAAAUAGUGCCAUUACUGUGGCUGUUAAGGUGUUUAAUGUCCAGCAAUCAGGGUCACACAAAAGCUUCCAGGCUGAAUGCAAAGCAUUAAGAAGAGUGAGGCACCGAUGCCUUGUAAAGAUCAUCACAUGCUGUUCAAGCAUUAACCACCAAGGUCAAGACUUCAGAGCACUAGUCUUUGAGUUCAUGGCUAAUGGCAGCUUAGAUAGAUGGAUCCACUCAAAUUUUGAAAGUCAAAAUGGACAAGGACAACUCAGUUUGUCACAGAGGUUAGAUAUCGCGGUAGACAUUGUGGAUGCUUUGGACUAUCUUCACAACGGUUGCCAGCCACCGGUCAUCCAUUGUGAUCUCAAGCCAAGCAACAUUCUUCUUGAUCAGGACAUGAGAGCUCGUCUUGGGGACUUUGGAAUUGCUAGAGUUCUAGAUGAAGCAACAAGCAAACAUCAUAUGGACUGCAGUAACUCCAUAGGAAUCAGAGGUACCAUCGGAUACAUUGCUCCAGAAUAUGGAGAAGGGCUUGCGGUAUCGACUAAUGGUGAUGUCUUUAGCUUCGGUAUCACUUUGAUUGAGAUGUUUACAGGAAGGAGCCCAACAGAUGAUAUGUUCAGAGAUGGGAUCAGCCUGCAUUAUUACGCUGAGGCAGCUCUUCCUGACAAGGUUAUGGAGAUAGCAGAUUCCAAUAUCUGGCUGCAUGAUGAAGCAAACAAUAGCAUUUGUAAAAGGCAUAUAACAAUAACCAAGGAAUGUUUGUCUGCUGUCAUUCAGCUUGGUGUCCUAUGCUCAAAGCAAUUGCCAUUGGAGCGGUUAUCAAUAAAUGAUGCCACUGCAGAGAUGCAUGCUAUCAGAGAUGCAUACAUUAAUAGUCAACAACUUAGUGAUGUCGAAUCAUUUUAGUAACCACUGCCU